UUUGGAAAUUGAUUAAAGACGAGUCUCCAUUGGAUUUAAUAUGGCAUCGAAUCAGUCAUCUCCCUCAACAGAGGAGCAGGCUUCCUCCGAAAUAGAUGAUCUCUUUCUAUCACUGCAAGUGCAGCGAGAGUGUACUCAGAAGAAAACAUUUACUACCUGGAUAAAUUCAAUAUUGGCAAAGCAUACACCUCCUUCUGUUAUCUCAGACCUAUAUACAGACAUUCAGCAAGGACAUAUGCUUUUGGAUCUGUUGGAAGUGCUUUCAGGUCAACAUCUGCCACGGGAAAAAGGAUUUAAUACCUUUCAGUGUAGAAGCAACAUAGAAAAUGCCUUGACAUUUUUAAGAAGCAAAUCAAUCAAGCUUAUAAAUAUUCAUGUUGCUGACAUUAUUGAAGGAAAACCUUCCAUUGUGCUUGGCCUAAUUUGGACAAUUAUAUUUCAUUUUCAUAUUGAAGAACUUGCCAGGACACUUGCUUGCACUUACAAUCAGCCUUCUCUUGAUUGUUCGAGUACUGUUGACUCCUCUCCAAAGGCAAGGCGAUCAGCUAAAAAAAGUGCUAAAAUUAAGGAACGGUGGAAGAUAUCUGCUACAAAGGCUCUUCUGUUUUGGGCGAAAGAACAGUGUUCACUAUAUGGUUCUAUCAGUGUGACUGAUUUCAAGUCGAGCUGGAGAAGUGGACUGCCUUUUUUAGCUAUCAUCAAUGCCUUAAGACCAGGUCUAAUUGAUUUGGAGAAGGCAAAAACUAGAAGCAAUAAAGAAAACCUGGAUGAGGCUUUCAGAAUUGCAGAACUGGAGCUCAAUAUUCCACGGCUUCUUGAACCAGAAGAUGUUGACGUUAUGAAUCCGGAUGAAAAAUCAAUCAUGACUUAUGUGGCACAGUUUUUACAGUACUCCAGGAAUCUGCCUGAGACUGAAGACAUGCAGGGUAAAGUAACAGAGACCGUGAGCUGGUUGGCUGUUCAGGGAAAAAAGUUAGCAAAUUUGCUGAUGGACACAGAGAAUGAAACACAUUACCGGAAGUACAAAGAAAUGAUGUCAUUUAUGGAAGCAUUUAACCAAGAAAAAAAAGCCUUUCUGCCUCUGUUAUCAUCAAAAAGAAGUGAAGCUGAGCUCAGCGAAGACCAGCAGCAGAUGAGGGAAGAAUGGAGUAAACUCGUCUCUCAGAUUAACAAAUGGAAAGCAGAGCUGGACCAGGUGUUGCCCCCACCUCUCGAUGGCAUUGAGGCCUGGCUUCAGAAGGUAGAACGUCUGCAGGCAGAAGAUUUGCCUGAGUUGCAGGACCCAUUUAAAGCCAUGUCUCUCUUCAGUGAAACAGUUUCAGUAUUUAAGGGCUUGAUGAAUUGUUUUGAUUCUCACUUGGACACCCUUCAAUCAUUUGAGAAUAAAGAUGAGAAGAAUAUGCCACUAGUAGUGCCUGAAAAGCUAGAGGAAAUGAAAAGAAGAUUCAACGAUAUUCGUUUCACAAACUCCAGUUCCCUUCUUGAAUACCACUAUGGACUGUGCUCAGCAUUUGCCAGUGAGGUGACAUUGAAGCUAAAUAUUUGGAAUGUGAAAUACGGGACAAAAGAAUCUGUGGAAUCACUGCUAGAAAAUUGGAAUAAUUUCGUUGAAGAAAAGAGACUUAAAACACUGCUAGAAACUGCUACUCACAUCUGUGAAGAUUUGAAAAACAAAAACAUAAGCAAUCCUGGCUUAGCUGGAGAUCCUCAAGAAAUUAGCAAACUUUUUAAGACAGUGGAGUCAAAGAUUUCUAUGUGCAAAGACUAUAUUUCCAAUGUAAAUACUACACUACAGAAAGUCCUGUCUUCCUGGAGUAAUUAUACAGAAAACCUCUACUUACUAAAGACAUGGCUGGAAGAAAAACAAAAUGAGUAUCCAGUAGAGAUCCCUACUGAGGUCCUGGCAAACUGGAAUUCAGUGCAUGGUUCUUUAAAUGAAGCUGGAAACUAUCUCAUUGAAGUCAGCAAAGAGCAAGUUGGAUCAAAUAUUGCCAAAGAGCUGAAAAAACUGAACAGGAGAUGGGCUAAAUUCAUCAAGAGGACACGCUUUCUUGGCGAAGAGAGCACAGAUUCUGCUGAAAAGGCCAGGGAGCUUCCAGGAAGCGUGGAGAAAAUUGAAGAGCUCCUUGGAAGUGUAGACAGCUGGGCAGCAGAGACUGAACGCCUGCUUGGUGAAAUUGGUCACAAGACACCUGUGGAACCUCAGACGGAGGAAUAUUUGCAGAGCUUGGCUGCAAGGGGAAUCUCGUGCCAAGAGCAAGUUAAGGCAGUAGAAGAGAUAUUGCAAUCUCAGAUGAAGAAUUCUUCAAGUCAGGUGUCCCAACAGCAUUCUCACACCAUUGGGUUGCAGGCACGAAUUAAAGAAGCCAAAGACAGAAUAGAGGCUGUCAUGGGUGACAUGGAAAACAUCCUGCCCAAAUCUGAGAAGAAACCCUCAGAAAAGGAAGCUUUACUCAAUUUUGAAGAGUCUCAGAAGGACAUUGAGGUUUCCAUUUCAAAGGCUGUGCAACUUGUUAGUCAAAAAUUAAGUCCUGAAGUGGAUAUUUCAAGAUAUGAGGAAGCGUUUAAUGCUCUGGACAAUAAAGUUCUUGACAAUUUUUUGAAAGCUGUUGAACAACUGAAAAAUAUUUCAUCUGAUCAUGAAAAGCUGGCAGUAGAAGAAAAGAGUAAAGACAUUCGUAAAAGAUGGGAGGCAGUUCAUAAUGAAAUUACAUCCUGUGUCCAGCUCCUCUUAGAAAGGGAAAAAAAGAAGUUUAACACAACUUUGAAAAAAAUCAAUAAGCAAUUAGGUAAAGAAAAGAAACUCCUAAAUAUGGAUAAAACCAAAGGGCUCAUCAAGGAACAUGAGGCCUUUUUUUCACAUGAAGGCAGCCUGAAAGAACUUAGCAAGUCACUAGAAGAUCUUAAAAUGUUGGGAAAGCUAGCAGAAGAAACUGUCCCAGACUUACAGACAUUUGCUGCGGACUCUGAACAAAAGCUAGAAAAGCUUCAACAAACUGUGGCAGAUACUUACACGGCCUUGCUGUCUCAUGCUGGAAGAAGACAGCCAUCCAAGAAAGAGGGCUCCAUUGUUGCUUCUGAGAAUGGAGAAAAGCCCAGUUCUACUCAACAAAUUGAUAUCCUUUCAGUGCAGGAGACGUCAAGAUCCUCUGUAGAGACAGUUUUGGAAACAGAUAUAAAACAUCAUAAUGGAGAAAGCUGUGAGAAGAUGUUUGAGGAAGACAGUGAUUUGCCCACACCAGCUUCAUUACAGAGCUAUAACACACAAAGAAGGAACCUGGAGGAACUUUUACAAGUAAGCAGAGAUAAAGUAGCAUCUGGCUUUACUGAUGAAAUAAAAGACACUUCAUGCCUUCAAAAUAAAUUGCUUGAAUUACAGAUGGUAGAGAAUGAUAUCAAUUCUGGUUGGACACAAUUGGGAAACAUCUCAUCUACCUUAGAAAACCUUGUGGAUGAAGUGGAGCAGGCUGCUAUUUCUGAGACAAGAAGCAAACUAGAAGGAGAAUUGAAAGAACUUCAGGAUAUUAUAAGUACCAGAACUAAUUCUUUAAGGACUGCCUUGGAAAUUGUUUUACCAAUAGAAAAUGAGUCCAUUCUUCUACGUGAAUUAGAUCAACGGCUGAACAAAAAGGACAUCCAGCAGUUUAAUCUGAUGAACAGUGAUCUUGCUUACAGAGAACUAAAGGAGCUACAGAGAUCCAUAUUAAAUCAGAUUGAAGUGUGCAAACAACUGGAACACCUAGAUAGCUCAGCAAGAGAUGAAUUUAAUCCAGUAGAUCUGCAAGCUGCAAGUAAAAUUAUGUUUUAUUAUCAAAACCAGCUUGAAGAAAUGAGCCAUAAAAUGCAAAUCCGAGAGACAGUCCUUAAAGAUCUGGAAGCUUUUAUGGCCUCGUUGAGGAAAAUCAAGUCUUCGGUCGAACAACUCACAGAUCCCUCAGGCCAACCUGAAAUACAAGGAAAAACAUGGAGAGAGGCUGCACAAGAACUUUCUCAUAUGGCAAAAGAGGCUCGAUGUUUGGAUGAACGGUUGAAGACAGUUGAUAUCUGCUUGGAAGAUGCUGAGUGUGGGAGAAAUACCAGCUGUGAAAAACUUGUUCGAACUUUAUCUGAAGAGCUGAAUGCGACUGGUGAUCACUCAAGUGAACAGAUGCUUACCGAGGGAAAUGAUUUAUACAAGGUUUUUUCCACCAGAAAUGAUGAACUCCUCAAGAACAUUCAGGACAUAUGUGACAGAAUUAACAAAAUAGGUUUGAAGGAUCCAACGGUUCCAGCUAUUCAACAAAGGAUAAAAUCAUUAAUGGAAUUGGAAAAGGAAUUAGAUUGUUCUGCUGUUGAAAUGAAAUCUAUGCGAGAAAUUGCUAAUAAGCUCCUGCAGAUGAAAGAGGAAAAAGCAGAAGAAUCAAAUGAGCAAUGCAGAGUUACAGAGAGAUCGUGGGAGGACACAAAACUCUUGCUUGCUGAAUGCCAGGAGCAGUGUGCGAGGGCUCUGGAGCUCCUGAAGCAGUAUCAAAGCUGCAAAAGUAGUCUAACCAGCAUCAUCCAGAAACAGGAGACUGUGCUUUCACAGCAAAAUUCAUACAUGGGGAAGGACAAUUUGAACAGACUGAUAACAAAGAUUGAAGAGGCAAAAGAGGAAUUUAAUGAUCACGCUGAAGAUGUUGACAAAAUAAAUCAGAUCUGCAAAAACCUUCAAUUCCAGCUCAAUAAAAUGAGAAGCUUUGAGGAGCCUCCGUUUGAGAAUGAGGCCAACAUUAUUGUGGACAGAUGGCUGGAUAUCAAUGAAAAAACUGAAAACUACUGUGAUAAUUUGGGAAGAGCUCAGGCUUUGUGGGACAAACUUCUUGGUUUAUCUGGCACAAUCGAUGCAUGGGCAAAUGCAGAACUUAAGAACCUAGAAGACCGUUGCCUGACUGACGAGGACCUUACACAGCUGAAGGCAUGCUUAUGUGUCCAGGAGCAGAAACUCCAGAAAUUUGACAACACAUUGGCUGAGAUAGAAGAACUUCUAAAUAGUAAUGAACCUCCACUGGAGCUCCAGGUUAUCAGAUCAUCUAUUGUGCAAAAAAUGGAGUUAAUUAAAGACCUUUUGACAACGAGGCGGCGUACCAGUGAACUCAGUGUGAAUACAGCAGAGCUAAAAGGAGACCUUGAUCUGGCCAAGACACAGAUUGGAAUGACUGAAUCGCUUUUAAAAGCUUUGUCUCCUUCUGACACCUUAGAGAUCUUUACGAAAUUAGAGGAGAUACAUCAGAAAAUUCUGCAACAAAAACAUCAUGUGACGUUACUCCAAGAAGAGACGGAUUGUCCUGAUGUGGAUGAAUUAAAUAAGCAGCUUAAAUGUGUCACCGAUUUAUUUAAUAAGAAAAAACAUGUCUUUCAGGACCACUUUAUUGAUGUUUUGAAUCGUCAGUGCAAGAAUUUUAAUGACUGGUUCAGCAGCACUCAGCUGUCUUUGAAGGACUGCUUUGACCCCUCAGAAACAAAACAGAUUCUGGAAGAAAGACUGCAGAGACUAAAGCACUUCCUAACUUCUGAAGGCAAAGAUGGAGAUAUCCAAGAGGUUAAGACUUUAUUGAAUAAAGUGAAGCACUACUUGCCCAAAGCAAGCAUUAACCAACUUAACAGCCGCGUGAGAGAUCAAGAAGCAGAGCUACAAAGACUGAUAUCCAGAUGUCAGAAACGGGAAAAGGAACUCAGUACUUCUCUCCAGCAGCUCAACAGCCUCCAAGAAAGCAGCACUGUCUUAGAAAAAUGGCUCACCACUCAAGAAGGAAAACUACAAGAGAUCAAAAAAGAUGAGGCAAAACUUGAAAACCUGUAUAAAACAUUAUUAAUGCAGAGAGAACCAUUUGAUUCCUUGUCUCAGCUAGCAAAUUCCUUGAGGGAGACUGGGCUGACAGAAGAUGAAAUCAUUUCAGAAACCAGUGAUCUUGUUAGCAGAUAUCAGACACUAAUGACACAUGUAAAUGAGAUGGCAGGAAAUACUCAGGGACUUGCAGUGGAAGAACACUUCAGAGAACUUGCCCAGGAUAUGUCUAGUUGGAUCAAAAAACUUGAGAAGGCUAUUAAUAAUCUGAGUUUGCAGGAAAGUGAGCUGCCACCAGAUGAAAGGAUUAAUCAAAUAAAGGAAAUCACAGCUCUCAAAGAUGCAGGAGAUGUCAAAAUACAGAACAUAGUACCUCUAGGAGAAAUGUUAAUAAGAAAUGACAAAACUAAGAAGCCAGAGGUUCAGCAGACUGUUUCAGAGCUCCAGAACCAGUGGGAAAAGACCUGUCAGUUAGCCACUGCGUAUAGAAGCCCUCAAGAGCAACUUCUGUUCAACAGGGAACAGUAUGAGCAAAGCAAAGAAGGUCUGAGACUGGCUCUAACUGAACUGAAGAAACAGCAGCAGGAGAUGGGUUUUACCCUUCAGCCUGGUUUGCUAGAGAAGCAAGCUCAGCUGGCCAGUUAUGCCCAACUCUUGCAGACAGCAGAAGAUUUAACUUCCCAGUUUAAUGAAUUAGAAAGCCAAGAUCACUUACAGAGCUUCACUGAGAAUCCCUGCUUAACAGAGGAAUCGUGGUUGGAAUUAAAACACCAGCAUGAAAAUCUGCUCAGCCAGCUACAGGCUGUAGUGGAGACAUUGGAAAGGCAUGUUCAAGAGCACCAGCAGUUUCAGGAUAUGGUAACAGGCUUGAGCACAGAGCUGAAAAGUGUCUCCAAAAAGCUUGCUGAUUGUGUGAGUCCAGCAAUGGAACAACCACCAACUGAGCAAAAACAGUUGAAAUCACUGGAACAACAAGCACCUCUUUGUCAAUUUGAAGACAUGCUAAAGAAGAUUUUGGUUUUAGCAGAAACUGUUAAACAAAACACUUCUUCACCAGGACAGAAGUUUAUUGAGGAUGAGAUUGAAACACUUCAGAGUGAACAUAGGAGUCUUGAAGAAAAACUUGAAAAUGCCAAGCAAAAAAAAAAAUAUAUUUUCACUGAAGCCCUUGAGUUAAAAGAUGAUCUCACAGAUGGAAUAGAGAUGGAGAAGAAGACAGAUACAAUGCUAAAGAGAGAGAUGCAGAUCACUUCAGAUACUCCUAGUGCUGCAGAAGAGGGCACCACAACAGAAGAGUUACGGGAAUGUUUGGAAAUGCGUAAUGGUCAAGUUGUAAUUGGGAGUGUAUCAGAGAAAGAAAAGCAAAAUGGUUCUCUUUUGGAAGAAAGCAGUGUAUUGUCAGACAGACCACUACAGAGAAUCCAUCAAGGAAAGGACCGAUCUAGGCAAACUGCUCAGGAGGAAGCUAAUAAGGAAAGCCCAGGUAUGGACAGAUGUGAUGGAGUCCAAGAGGACCUUCUGGACAGAGCAGAGCUGGAAAGGCAUCAGGAUGAUGUUGGUAUUGAAGUUGAUGAAAUAAGAAGUGAAACUAGUCCAGUGAAGCAAAAGGAGAAACCUGCUGAUGUCGAGAAUCAAUCCUACAGAGAAGACGAGGAGCAGGGUCAACAGAGUGUGUGCCUCAAGAGUCAAAUCCUGAAACCUGUAACAGCUGAGACAGAUGGUCAGGAAUCUGACCCCCCAGUUUCUACACAUGAGAAAGAAGGUGCAGCAGUGAUUGAUGAGAAGGAACUAUUUCCUGGAGUGCAAAUAAACACUGACUAUUUUGAGGAGGAACAAAAGGUCAAUGAGCUGAAAAAUGAAGUGGCUGAGCUGGAUAUUGUGCUCUUAAAUGAACAACUGAAAGAGCUGGAGAAUUUACAAAGUGAACUGGAAACGUGGAAAGCAAAAUCUUUGUGUCUGAGCCAAGAAACAUUUCCUGAUGCAACAGGAUCGGACAGAGCAGAGCUGCAAGCCCCAGAGCCUGUGGUGCCCUGCUGGGACAGGCUGCUUCAAGAACUGGAUGCUGUUAAGGCAGUAAAGCAACAGCAGAGCUGUUUAGUUAAUGAGUACCAGAAAAGUCUUUCUGCUGCUCGGUCCUCAAUGAAAAAUUUGGCAACAGAAAAAGAUAACAUAAAAAUGGGUCCUAUGAAUAACGCAGUUCUUCUGGAGAAAAUUAAAGCAUGCGUACAGUCAUUGCACAAAGAAAGAGAUGUUUUAAACCGGCUGAAAACUCAACAAGAACUUUUGUCUCAGCAUUUAACAUGCAUGGAUAAGGUGUUAACAGCAAGCCAAAUGAGGCAACUGGAGCAAUGGUGGCAGCACAUGGAACAGGCAGUGCAAAAGAAGCAUGAUCAGGUGUUGGCAGAAAUCAAUGAAUUUAACAAGCUUAUGGAUAAAGCACAGGAUAUUCAGAGAUUGAUACAAGAGCAGUAUUUACAAACAGAGUUGUAUUCCUCAGCUGGAGAAAAAGCCAAAUGCCCCGUAGUUUGGACCGCAGAGUUACAGAACAUUAAACAUGGUCUUUCCCUGUUAAAAAGAAAGAUAGAACUGCAAAUGAAAAGAAUUCGGAGCGAUGAAGAAAAGCUAGCUUUGGAGAACUGUAUACAGGAUUUGCAGAGCAAAUUGGAAGCUUUAUCAGAGCAACGCUUUCCUCAAGAGGAUGUUUGGAUCACUGGUCCUGCUGUGAAGAAACAAGACAUAAUGAAGAAGCUGAAAGAAAACAUUUCAUGGGUGAAAGAUUCAUUGUCCUCUCUUGAUCAGAAAGCAGCACUUUUCCCCUGCGAUGUUAAAUCACAGAUCAGAAACUGUGAGCUUCUGAGGAAUGAAGUUCUAGACAGAGAACCUGUGAUUGAAACACUGGGUAAUGAGCUCCAGCACAUCCUUCCCAACUUGAAGCCAGAGGAGAUCUCUGAUAUGACUUUCCUCCUACAGGCAUUACAGAACUCAUACAAGGCUCUUGUUUUAAAAUCUGUUGAAAGAUUACAGCACCUGGAGCUGCAGCUGGAAGAGAGGCAAAGGCUUAUUGCAGAAGUAGAAAAAGUUCACUGUCAGCUUCGAAAUGCAGAGACGCUUGGAAGGCCUGACAUGAACCAAACCAGCACAUGCUCAGAAUUAAUCAGUCAACAGGACAUUUUAAAGGAGAUUUUAAAGGACAUACAAGAGAUAGAAGGGCUUAUCUCAUCCCAUUGUGAAGAUAGUCAGAUCACAGCUGGGGAACUGAGUCUAUCUGAACAAUUAUUUUUGAUUGACCAAUUAAGAAGUCUGAAAAAUAGAGCAAGGAAGACACAGAGGCAAAUUCAGAGUAAGUGUCAUGAAGUGGGAAAAAAGAUAGCAGUCUACAGAGAGUUUGCAGAAGGAAUAACUUCAUUGCAACAAGGUCUUAAUGAUCUACAGUGCUGUGAAUUGAAACUGGAAGAAGAAAUAACAGGGGCCACGCAGGAAGUGAAGAAUAAAUGCAAAGCACUUAAAGAAAAAGUAUUAUCUUUUCAGUCUAAUUUGUCACAAAUAAUGAAGUUCAAAGAAAUUUUUGAAUGCAUAGGUCUAAAUUGGGACUCAUUGCAGCUGGAUGAAUUGCGUGAAUUGCAAACUCAAUUUUUAAAAAUUAAAAAUAAAAUUAAAGGGAAGAUAAAACAUUUUGGUAAUGUUAUUAGGGAAUGUGAUAAGUUUCAUGCAUUGCUAAAUGAAAUCCGGACUAUGACAUCUGCUGUAAGAAAAGAAGCUAAUAUACUAAAUGAUAAGUCUAAUUCUUCUCCUGCUGAGAAUCUUAUAUCAGCACAGAUUCUGCUUCAGACAAUUCAACAAAUUUUGUACUUAGUCCAGGAGGUAGCAAAUCAAAUAAACAAAAAUGAGGUUUUUGAUACGCUAUUCAAAGAAUCAAAGAGGCAAGAAAUAAAGAGCCUGGAGAAAGAUGCUGAGGAAUUGAGUCAGUUCCUUCAAAACUUGGUCUCUAGUCUCCGGAGUGUAAACAAGGAAGAUAUCCAGAAUGUGGCAGAGCAUCUAUCCCGUGCCAUAAAGCAUGUUCAGUUAGAGCUCCAGCAGCCACUGCUAGUAGACAUGAAAAUGAUGCAAUAUGAAAAGCUGCGAUGGCAAUCAAUUCAGAAUAUGAUGUCAGCAGAGUUUUCUGCUAUUAAACGUAUAAUGGAAAAAGAGGGGGAAAGUCAAGAAGAAAAAUCUCUUGCUGCUGGUAUAGAAACAAAAUUAAGAACACUGGAAGAUCGUGAAAUACAACUGAAGACAGACAUUGCUGCCCGUGUUUCUGCUCUGGAGGAGGCAUGUAAGACUGGUGAGCUUUAUACCAAGGCUGUUGAGAGGGCUGCCAAGUUCCUUGAGGAUUGUGAAGCUGAAGUCCACUCCGCUGCAGUAGAGCUCAGCAGCUCAGAGGACAACUUUCAAACCCCACAGUGGAAACAAGAAGAGUUUGACUCUACAAAGGCUGACGUAGAGAAGUUGUACUCCAAGCUGAAAAACCUGGUGAAAACAGAAGACAAAAUAUGUCUGGAAAAUACUUUCAGAGAACUAGUCAACAAAAGUUUGACAUUAAAGGAGAAGAUUCAGAGAAAGGAGGCUGACAAACAGAGAUAUUUGGAAAAAUACAAAAGCUAUUCCAAAUGCAAAGAUAAAGUGCAUGAUGAUCUUAACAAACUGGGAAAGAUGCUUGGGCAGUCUUUAUCCCAAAUACCAAUGUCUUACAAAGAAGCUUUGGAGAACUUACAAGAAUGCAAGAUUUUAGUCUCCAACAUUGACUCGGCUGAAGAUGAUCUUGUGAAGCUAAGGCAGGUCUCAGGAGAGCUGAUGAGAUUAUGCAAGGGAAGUGACAGGGCCCUGGGCAGGAUUGUAACAGCACUGUGGGAAAAUUGGCUGGGUUUGCUUGAGGCAGCAAAAGAGCUGGAAAUCAACUGUGAAGAACUAAAACAAGAAUGGAAAUUCAUCAGUGAGGAGCUGGAACGAGAAGCAAUAAUUCUUGAUAAGCUCCAGGAAGAACAGCCAGAAAGUCUUAAAGAGAAAGAAAAGGCCACCAGAGAGGAACUGGUAGAAUUACUGGAUUCUGUGUACGCGUUUGAGGAAAACAUCAACAGGCAGCAGCUCCUCUUACUCUUACUUCUUCACCGAAUAAGGAACAUCGUGAAUACAUGUGAAAAUACUGAGGCAGAAGCUGCCCUUCCUGCCUUAUGUGAGAUAAAGACAAUGCAAGACCGCUGUAAAAAGUUGUAUGAAAAGACUCAAGACCAUAAGAAUUUGGUACUAUCUGAGAUUCAAGAGAGGAACAAGAUCACUGAAGAAAUAUAUGCUGUGAAAAACGCAUUACAAAAUGCUCUGUCUUUGUUAUCCCAAGAUGCUGUUGGAAAGGCAAGACAGUUAGAGGAAGUUCAGAGUGUGAUUGGUAAAGAGAGUCAAAAUCUUGAGGAUAUCAUGGAGAAACUGCGGGUCAGAUAUUCUGAAAUGUAUGCAAUAGUUCCUGCAGAAACUGAAGCACAGCUGGAAGAGUGCAAGAAAACUUUACAAGACCUAGAAGACAAGGUUAGCUUUGAAAACUUGCACAGUUCUCCUCAGUAUGUGCUGAAAGGAAAAGCGGAGACUAUUAACAAUGGCCUUCAAGCUAUUGAAAAGAUGUUGGAACAGAAGAGUGAAAACGUUGCAAAAGCCAAAGAAGUUCAGAAGCAAAUCUGGGAUAUGCUGGACCUCUGGCAUUAUAAACUCAAUGAACUGGAUGCAGAAGUGCAUGACAUAGUUGAGCAGGAUUCCUGCCAUGCACAGGAGUUGAUGGAUAUCUUAAUGACCCCCCUUCAGCGCUACCAACAAGUCUCGCAACUCGCUGAGCGUAGAACAGCCAUUUUAAACAAGGCUGCCAACAAGAUGGAAGAAUAUGAUGAACUCUUGAAGAACAUGAAAGUUUGGAUAGAAAACACCAACAGCUUGCUAAGAGCAGAUGCUCAAAAUGACUCUGCAAAAAGUCUACACAAGUACGCUGGUGACCUUCAGAUGGCCUUGGAAGACUCAGAACAAAAGCAGAAUCUUCUGCACAGUGUUUACUUGGAGCUGGAGGAGCUAACACCAGUCUUUGAAACAGACAGUAUAAUGCAACAGCUGAAUGAAGCAGAGGAUGAAGUAGCAACUUUACAGCAAGAGAUAGCAGAGGUUCUUCCACAGAUCCAGCAUGUGGCUGAUGAAUUGGAUGCCAUUGAAUCUCAUGUAAAAACGUUUGAGAAGGAUGUUAUGAAAAUGAAGACAAUCUUGUCAUCAGAAGAUCUCUUGGAACUUUCUCCUAAAGACCAACUUAAACAUGGACAGGUUAUACUUGACCAUAUUGGUCCUAUGCAGAAGACCAUUGUUCAUAUACAGUUGUAUGAAGAAGCUCUUCAGCUACCAGGGGUGAAAAAACAACCUGUCUCAGUCUUCCUAAGAGCGAAACAACUUUUGGGAGAAUUGAAAAAAAUAGAAAAAAUUACUAAGGAACAAAAUGAACUGCUGGAGGAUGCUGUGAAGAAAGCAGAAGAAUGUGAGCAAGAAAUAGAAAAGCUGAAACAAUUCUUAAAGAAUCACUUGUCUGAAACAUCACAUGAGUAUCAGCCACAGGCUCAGAACACAUCUUGUCCAGAGGGAGAAAUGGAAGCUGUAAAAGAAGAAAUCAUCAAGCUGUGUCAAAGAAAGGAGGAUAUCCUUACCGGGAUGAAGAAUUCAAUGUCUGAGCUUCACCAGCGCUUACGGGAAGGAGUGCCCGAACCAGGAGAUGAACCCACAACCUCUAUAUUUGCACAAUCUGACUUGAUUGGGACUGACGUUUCUGAUCUGCAGCUGAAGAAAAGAGGAUUGAUAUCCCUUCUGCCCUGUUUAGAUGAAGAGUCAGAAGACUCUUUGCAGAGCAAGGGAAGUACAGCCACAGAGAUAGAUGUGAGCUUCUGGCCCUCAUUAAAAUACAAGGAAAAGCAUAAAGAAGACAGUGCAACCUCCUGGUCUUCUGGUACCUUGUCAGAUGGUGGUGCACAGGAUGCUGCUGAGAUAGUGCGAUCCUGCAAUAAACACGAUGAGGAAUCAUCUUUGCAAACUCUGCAGAGGACAGAAGGCUCUGGCACAGGUCAUGAAAGUCAGACCGUGAGUGGCACGCUGCCUCCUGUCCCCAGCGCCACCCAGGGCUCUCGAGGGAAAGCGGGAGACCCAGAGGAAGCGGUGGAUGGUGGUAGGCCCGAGCCGGAAACAAUCCUCCAGGCGUGCCAGGCCCAGGUUGCCGAGCUGGAGCAAUGGCUAGACAAAACUAAGGUGUCCCUGGGCUCAGACCCCCAGACCCCCAAAAUGCAGCAGAUGGUGGAACUGCAACUUGGUGAUUGCCAGGUGAUGUUAUCAGAGAUUGAACAAAAGGUUCUUACUUUACUGGAGGAUUGUGGAAACAGUGCAGGCCACCAACAGGAGACAGAGGCUCUUUCCUUGAAGCUGAAGGAAGUGAAGUGUAAUUUGGAAAAAGUCCAGAUGAUGCUUCAGGAUAAAUACAGUGAAGAGCAGAUUCCCAACAGGGAGAGGAUUGACCCAGAGUCCCUCAAGACCUUGCACUCCAAUGGCUCCAGCAUGCCCCAGCUUGGCCUCACUGAACAGCCAUUCCUCCAGAAAAAUGGUUUCCAGCACCCACAGGAUCUGAAAGUAAAAGCAGCAGAGCAGAAAGGCCUCAUUGACUUCAUUGAGUCGUGUGUGGAAAAAAUGCAGCCGCAGUUUGAGGAUAGUGUGACUCAGAAAUUAGAACCCAGCAAUGGAGAAUCUGAUCCAAAAAGCAAGCAGGCUGAUCCCACCUUAGCUCCAAAAGACCAAACGGGUAAUAAAUGGCAAUAUUUACAACAAGAGCUUUCCUCGAAGAUGAAGUCUCCUCUCUGCCAGCUUGUGGAACCUCAGAUUACAACAAAACUGAACAUGCUGCCCCGGGGCACAUUCCCAAAUGCAGGAACCCCAACUGUGGAAGAGCUGAAAACGUACACCGUCCAGCUGGGAGACCUAAGCCAAGAAGCAAACGUGGUACAUGCACAGGAGAAUGUGGCAGAGGAAGUUUCUUCCAAUUUGGAUAAAAAACUGUUUGAGCUACUUCUGGCAAUCAGCCGGUGUUUGAAUAAUAUGGAGGAGAUGUUGAACACCUCAGUCCUCUCCACCGAAGAGGCAGCCAUGCAGCAGGUUCUUUAUGAGACUCUUUCUGUUGAGCUGCAAAAACUUCAUGCUGAUCUGAGUGAUAAAAAGGACAAUCUUUUAAAGUCUAUUACCUGCGCUGGUGGGAGCACAGAUGUGUUCUGUGAGUGCUUUAACAACUUACAGGCAUGGCUGGAACAAACUCAAGUUGCCACUGCUUCAAGGAGCAAUUCAGUGAAAGCUGGGCUGGAUCAUAAUAGCAGUUACCAGAAUGAAACCAGGCUGCUUUAUGAUCAAUUAACUGAGAAAAAAGCUACUUUGCAACAAUGCUUGAAUGCAAUUCGUGGACAUAAUGUUUCUGAGCAGCUUCAGAAAACUGAUGCCUGUGCUUUGGAACUGCAAAACUUGGAAAACCAAGUGGCAAAACUGAGAGGCUAUGGGGAAAGAUUCCAGUUACCUGUCACCUUAAUCCAGGAAGCUUAUAAAUUAGAGGAUGUUUUGGAUGACAUGUGGGGGAUUUUGAAAGCAAAGUAUGAGGAGCUGAAUUCUCCUUCCAUCAGUGAGAGCCAAUAUGAGGACUUACUUCAUGGUUUUGCAGAGCUAGUUGCUAUUGGACAAGAGAAGGUUGCACAAGAUGCAAAGCAGCUGACAAAAAGCAGAGCAGCUCUACAGUCUCACCUGGAAAAUCACAAGGACUUUUUCCACAACCUCAUGACUCACAUGGCUUUCAUGGAAGCAUUUUCCAAGAAAGUGACUCCCUCCGUCCUACAAAAGAGAGAGAAAUUCUGGAGAGGGAUGGUGAAUGAAGUCAGAUUGCUGGAGCAGAAGGCCAGCCAGUAUGGUGUACACUUAGAGAGCUUGUUAAAGGAAUGGACAGAAUUUGAUGAUGAAUGUCUAGCUUUCAAUAAGGAGUUAGAGACACUUACUUCUACGUUACCAUCUGUGAAUUUGGUUGAAGAAACAGAAGAAAGAUUAAUGGAAAGGAUUACACUCCUCCAGCAAAUCAAAAGCACUGUUGAUGAGAAGCAUGCCAGGCUGUACCAGAUGGUGAAAGAAGGGAAGAAAUUGCUGACUGCUGUGAGCUGUCCGGAAAUAACAAGUCAGAUUGCGAAGCUGGAAGAGCAGUGGUUGUCCUUAACCAAAAAAGCUGGCAAUGAACUACACAGACUUCAAACGUUACUCAAACUCUUGGUCAGCUACAACAGGGACUCGGAGGAGUUAAGGAAAUGGCUGGAUUCUGCUGAGCAGAGAAUGAAAUUUUGGAAGGAGCAAUCACUCAACGUGUCGCAAGAUCUUCCCACCAUCAGGGAUAACAUCAACAGCUUGUUUACAUUCUCUAAGGAAGUUGAUGACAAAUCUUCCCUGAAGUCGUCUGUGGUCAGCGCUGCCAACCAGCUCUUUCACGUGAAGCAGGCAGAUACUGCAGCACUUAGGUCAACUUUGGCAAAGUUUGAGCAAAAGUGGGGAGAACUGAUUACACAGCUCCCAGCUAUCCAAGAAAAGCUGCACCAGCUUCAAAUGGAAAAACUUUCCUCACGGGAAGCUAUUGCUGAACUAAUGAUGUGGCUGGACCAUGUGGAACAACAGCAAGGACAUGAAGAACCAAUAAAUGCACAAAGUAGCACAGCUCAAGUCAGAAGUCUCCUUCAGAAGUACAAGGAAUAUAUGAUGGAAAUGAACUUUAAGCAGUGGAUGGUAGAUUUUGUUAACCAGUCACUCUUGCAAAUGAGCACUUGUGAUGUGGAAAGCAAGAGGUAUGAGAGGACAGAAUUUGCUGAGUGUCUCGGCGAGAUGAACUUACGGUGGCACAGGCUGCAGGCAUCCCUGAACAGAAAGAUACAAGACCUGGAACACCUUUUGGAAGAUACCACUGAAAAUGAGAACAAAGCACAGACUUUACAUAAUUGGCUGGAAGUGCAGAGCGAUCGAAUGAGAUCUUUACAAACCCCAGCAAGUCUAAUCUCUGCACAGAACACAUUAGAUGAUUGCAAGGACCUAGAAAAUCAGCUUGCAACUAAAUCCAAAAUGCUCGAUGAGCUCAAGCAGAGUGUGUCUUCGAAUGGUAGUACAGAACAAACCCCAGAAGCUUUGUCUUUCAGAAUAGCUGACCUUUGUGAAAUGAAGGACAAUGUAGUCAGCCAGGUUGCACAGCUGAAGACCUCAAUGCAGUCAAUACUGGAGCAGUGGAGAGUAUAUGAUGACAUUUAUGCAGAAGUCAGCUUAUUGAUGACAAGAUAUUUGUACUGCAUAGACCAGUGCAAGCCCUCUGUGCUGUCGCUGGAAGCUUUGAAAAACCAGGUCAAAACUCUCCAGUCUCUUCAGGAUGAGUUGGAAAACAGUGAAGAAAGUUGGGCCAAGCUCCAGGCAGCUGCCAAUAAUCUGAAGAAGAACUGCUCCCCCUCCUUUGCAGAGAUUAUCAAUCAGAAGUGCACAGAGGCACACACCAGGUGGAGCUCAGUAAAUGAAAACAUCACUGAUCAGUUGCGGACGGCACAAGCAACGCUUCAGCUCUGGCAGCCCUAUGAUAGUUUAUGUACUGAGGCAGCAGCCAAGUUACAACAGCAUGAAGAGCAGUGCACUCAGCUCUUGGAUGCUCACAUGCCUGAAGAUAAUAUGAUAGAGACCCUGAAACAGAGGAUACAGGAUGUAAAGAAUUUACAGCAUGGUCUUCAAAACCUAGUGGAAUGCCGUUCCCAAAUUUCUGAGUUGGCUGAUCAGAUAAAACAGCAGGUUGGGACAGCUGCACAAGCCAUUCUGUUGGAGAAGCUGCAACCGCUCCAGAGAGCAUCCUAUUUGGAAAAGAUGUUGCAAAGGAAGUUAGAUGAAUUUGAGUUCAAUCUUUUACAACUGGAGGAUUUUAAGAACUGUCUUGAAACUCUGGAGGGUCAUGUCAAGAAUUGCACAGAUGCCUUUGAUAGUCUCCAUCUAGAGGGAGAAACAGACAACUCGGAACUGCUCAUGAAUCACAUGCUGGAGCUUGCUGCCCUUUCUCCAAGCAUAGAGAGUUUGAAUGAAGCAAGUAUUAAGCUGCCCCUCAGUGAAUUCACCCUAAAGAAGAUGCAGAACUUGACUCGGCAGUGGAGUCAGAAGACAGCAACUGCUUUGGAACAUUGCAGUGUGCUUGAGGGAACUCAAACUGAUGAAAAGAAAUUCUUUCAGAAAUGUGAAAACUGGAUGAAAUUCCUAGAAAAAAUGAAAGAGGCCCUGAAAACUGAUAUUCCAGGACGAUUUGAAGAACUGCAAGAGCAACAGAGAGUCUAUGAGAUGCUGCAAACUGAGAUUUCAAUAAAUCAGCAGACAUUUAAUUCUAUCAUAGCAAAAGUUCUACUGUUCCUGGAAUCUGGAGAAGCAGAAAAAAGGACAGAGUUUAUUUCCAAGCUCACGAUGCUGAAAGAGCAGUGGCAGAAUGUUAUCCGGUUGGUUCAGCAGAGGAAGAAAGAUAUUGAUGGACUUGUGAGCCAGUGGCAGCUCUUCAGGGGUUCACUGCGGAGCCUCGGCAGGUUCCUUGCUGAUAUAAACAGCUUCCUCACAGCUGUGAAGAGCCAGGACUGCUACAGCCUUUACCACCUUAGAAAUCUAAUUCAUGAUUUCAAGAGUAAGGCAGUGAUUCUUCAGAGGUGGCAAGGCAUGUACUCCUCAAUCAUUGAUGUUGGUGAGAAGUUGCGCACUGACUCUGAUCCUGAGACCAGUGCUGCUCUGCAGGAGGAGCUCAGCCAGCUGCAGCAGAGCUGGGGGGACACCCAGGUCCAGCUGGAGAAGAUGAAGACACAGCUCAGCAGCAUCCUGCAGAGCUGGGACAGCUGUGAAAAACAAACCAAGGAGUUAGAAAACAGGCUGCGAGAGCUGAAGGAUAAAGUAAAAGAUCCACUUCCAGUCGAACAUGAAGAGCUCUACAAAUCCAAGGAACACAUUAAGGAGCUGGAGCAGUCGCUGGCAGACUGGGCCCACAACAUGAAGGAGCUGCGGGCCAUGAAGGCGGAGCUGGCGCACUGCAUCCUCACCGAGGACAUGAUGGUGCUCCAGGAGCAAGUGGAACAUUUGCACAGGCAGUGGGAAGAGCUCUGCUUGCGAGUGUCUCUGCGUAAGCAGGAGAUCGAGGACAGACUCAAUGCCUGGAUUGUGUUCAAUGAAAAGAAUAAGGAGCUCUGCUCCUGGCUGGUACAAAUGGAAAGCAAGGUGCUACAGACUGCAGAUGUCAGCAUUGAAGACAUGAUAGACAAAUUGCAGAAGGAUUGCAUGGAAGAAAUAAACCUGUUCAGUGAAAAUAAGCUUCACUUGAAACAAAUGGGCGACCAACUAAUCAAGGCCAGCAACAAGAGCCGAGUUGCAGAAAUAGAUGAUAAACUCAACAAAAUCAAUGAUCGCUGGCAGCAUCUCUUUGAUGUCAUUGGAGCACGGGUGAAGAAACUGAAGGAAACAUUUGCUUUUAUACAACUUUUGGACAAAAACAUGAGUAACCUUCGCACCUGGUUGGCCCGGAUUGAGUCAGAACUUUCUAAGCCUGUUGUUUAUGACAUCUGUGAUGACCAAGAAAUCCAGAAGAGACUGGCGGAACAGCAGGAUCUGCAACGGGACAUAGAACAGCACACAGCUGGGGUGGAGUCCGUGUUUAAUAUUUGUGAAGUCCUGCUGCACGAUUCAGAUGCGUGUGCUAAUGAGACGGAGUGCGACUCCAUCCAGCAGACUAGCAGGAGUUUGGACAGACGGUGGAGAAACAUUUGUGCCAUGUCGAUGGAAAGGCGAAUGAAAAUUGAGGAAACCUGGCGCCUAUGGCAGAGGUUUUUGGAUGACUAUUCUCGCUUUGAAGAUUGGCUAAAAUCAGCUGAAAGGACAGCAGCUAGCCCCAAUUCAUCAGAGGUUUUGUAUACACAUGCGAAGGAGGAGCUGAAGAAGUUUGAGGCAUUCCAACGGCAAAUUCAUGAACGACUCACUCAGUUGGAGCUGAUCAAUAAACAGUACAGGCGCCUUGCCCGUGAGAACCGCACUGACUCUGCCAGCAAGCUGAAGCAGAUGGUACAUGAAGGCAACCAGCGCUGGGAUAAUCUGCAGAAAAGAGUCGCUGCCAUUCUGAGGAGACUCAAGCACUUCACCAAUCGCAGAGAUGAGUUUGAGGCGACGAGGGAAAACAUCCUUGUUUGGCUCACAGAAAUGGAUCUCCAGCUGACAAAUGUGGAGCACUUCUCAAAAAGUAACUUCGACGACAAAAUGCGCCAGUUAAAUGGUUUUCAGCAGGAAAUAACACUGCACACCAAUAAGAUUGAUCAGCUAAUCGUUUUUGGGGAGCAGUUGAUUCAGAAGAGUGAGCCUUUGGAUGCUAUCCUCAUUGAAGAUGAAUUGGAAGAACUUCAUAGAUACUGUCAGGAAGUGUUUGGGCGAGUUGCCCGCUUCCAUCAAAGGCUGACUUCAAGACAUCCCGGAUUAGAUGAUGAAAAAGAGACCUCUGAAAAUGAAACGGAUCCAGAAGACUCCAGGGAAAUCCAGCAUGAUCCCUGGCAUAAGAAGGCCAUCAGUGAGGGGCCCUCUUCUCCACAGUCCCUCUGCCACCUUAUGCCACCUACUCAAGGUCACGAACGAUCAGGCUGUGAGACCCCUGUCAGUGUUGACUCCAUCCCGCUCGAGUGGGAUCACACAGGUGAUGUGGGGGGCUCUUCGUCUCACGAGGACGAAGAAGAGGCGACGUACUACAGUGCUUUGUCAGAUGUAGAAAUCACUGAAAAUCCUGAGGCUUAUCUUAAAAUGACCACAAAAACUUUGAAAGCAUCUUCUGGAAAGACUGUUUCAGAAGCUCAUCCCUGGCAUUCUCCAGAUAGCCCUGUCUGCAGGAAACACCGGUACAGCCAGGCAGAGAUUGUUGGUGAUGUGCUGUCUGGUCCAGAGACAAGUACCCCCUAUAAGCCGGGCUAUGUGAAGCAGCUCAGCUCUGCAAGCAGCAGCAGUGUCAACAAGGAGAACAUUACAUCUGCUAAUGUGAGUGAUGAAGAACCACAGGAUGACCAAGAGCUUGUCACUAUCACACCUGCAGAGAAGCUGCCAGGCACUAUUGAUAGGUGGGAGCUCAUCCAAGCUCAAGACCUCAGAGAAAAACUUAGGAAAAAGCAGCACUUGCAGCAGUGGCAGCAGGUGAACUCUGAUCUCAGCGAUGUCUCUGCUUGGCUUGAUAAAACUGAGGAGGAGCUGGAAGAGCUGCAAAAAGCAAAACCUCCAACCAGCAUGCAGGCAAUGGAACAAAGGGUCAAGAAAUUGAAAGACACGCUUAAAGCAUUUGAUAACUACAAGGCAGUGGUGCUUUCAGUUAACCUGAGCAGCAAAGAAUUCCAGAAAGCGGAUAGCACAGAGUUCAAAGAGCUACAGAACAGGCUUCGGAAGAUGAACUUGCGUUGGGAGAAAGCCACUCACACACUGGACAACUGGAGGAAAGGUUUACGGCAAGCCCUGCUGCAUUGCCAGGAAUUCCAUGAUCAAAGCCAAAAACUAAUCCUGUGGUUAGCAAGUGCUGAAGGCCGAAGGAAUGAAGCACAAAUCACAGAUCCAAAUGCUGACCCCCAUACAAUACUGGAAAGCCAGAAGGAGUUGAUGCAACUGGAGAAAGAGCUACUGGAACAGCAGCUUGAAGUAAACCUUCUUCAAGAACUCUCUGCUUACCUGCUGCUUAAAUCUAAUGGUGAAGAUUACAUUGAAGCUGAUGAGAAGGUCCAUGUAAUUGGAAGGAAACUGAAACAGCUUAUUGAGCAAGUUUCACAUGACUUGAAAACAGUACAAGGAAAUCUGGAUACCAGGGUAUUCCUGCCAGUUCCAGAUGACUUGGACUCAGAAGCCUAUCAUCCAGUUGCAGUGAAAUCCAGCCCUCCUGUGAAGAAGAUCACAACAAGGAGAACUUCAGAUGGCAGAAAAAACAGCAACACAAGAGCUGAAAGCCACUCACAACCGCCUCACGUGGUCCCUCAGUCCCCCUCCUUCUUUUACCGUGUGUUACGAGCAGCCUUACCCCUACAGUUGUUCUUCCUACUGCUUCUGCUUCUGGCGUGCAUGAUUCCAUCUUCUGAGGAAGACUACAGCUGCACCCAGGCAAACAACUUCGCCCGUUCUUUCUAUCCUAUGCUGCGUUACACCAAUGGGCCUCCACCGACUUAGAAAGAAGCCCGGGGAUCUUCAGUUAUACCAAAACACACUCUUUGCGGUGCUUAUUUUUAUGCUGCUGGCGUCAAUGAAACGGUGAUAGCACGUAGUUAAAUACAGAAACUUGUCUGCUGUGUUAGUUCCCUCAACAGGCCACUACAGCACCCUCCUGCCCUGCACACCGCUGCCCAAGCCUGUGCUGCAGCUGAAUAAAGCCUCACGUUUUAGCAUUCUCCGGUGGAUGGGAAUGUGUUAAAUUUCACAUACAUCUCAAAGUGUAUAUCUUGAGAAAGUUUCAGCAUUUUUUGUACGGAAAAAAUGAACUUUUUCUAUAGAUUUUUAAACUCUAAGCAACACACUUUGUACUUUGAUGCAAUAGAACACUAUUUUGUAGCUGCAGUGCACUUAAGCUUGCAAGGUGAUCAAAUCCUGAGUUAUUAGAUGCAGAAACUACUUCACGGUAAUCUCAAACACAGCAGUCGGUCUCGGGUUGGCGUGAUGAACAAGCAGCUGAAGAGGCACUUUGCCUAACAUGAUUACCACGCACACUUCACAUUACUGUAUCUUUUGGUACUGUAGUCACUUGGUGGAAACAGAAGUCUGCAUCUUUCAGAAUCUUUGUGACGGUGUUUUAUCCAUCUCACACAUUCAAUAAAAGGAUGCACGUUUGUUUUGUUUUACAUGUAGUUUUCUAGGGGUUAGGGCUGCUGUGUUGUCUUUUUGUACCACUCUUGAAAUACAGAAUUGUUACAGUGCAUGGAAAUGGUUUAUAAAUGCACAGAUUUUCUAGAUGAACACGAUUAUGUAGACUAUCCCUGAUGUAUGCAAAUAAUGUAAUGACUUUUUUAAUGAAAGAUUUUUUUUCAGUUUUUAACCUGCUGAAUAGUGUACAGGAUCUUGGGAGAGAAUUGUGCAUUUUUUUUUUUUUUAUAUAAACUCGCUGUAAGAUUCUCCACCUUAAUUAUGAAAUUUGCAGUGUAGGCAAUGGCUUGAGAAACGUUGUGUACAGUCAGCAUCACCAUUGCUUCUCAGUUGUACAGUUUGAGUACUCAUUAAAAUUCUGCCACUGUCUGCAGGGA